UGUUUUGAUUCAGUUACUGAGUUAGCUAGACUAGAUGACAGAGAAAGACUUUCAAAGACUGAGAAAGUCAUAGAUCUAGAAAUGUAGAAUCUAGACAAAAUCAUUAUUAGAUCUAGAUCUAUAAUAAUCAGUCAUUAGUGGAUGAGGGAUGAUUGAUUAGUUAGACUGUCACUGAUCACUGAAGAGACUUAGACUUGACUGAGACUACUCACUGUCUACUCAUCUGUCACUGAUCAUAAUCAUAGUAAUUAGUAAAUCAUACUCAUGAUCUACAGAUUCUAUUUACAGAUCUAUAAUCUAUACACUGUCUAUAUAUAGUUCUAUACUGUCAGUGUCACUUAUUUUUAUACUUAUACUACUCUACUUAUACUUAUAGUACUAGUACUACUAGAUAUAGGCCCUACUGAUAUAGACUAGAGUACUAGAUUCUAGAUCUAGAGUAUUCUAGAGACUUAGAUUCUAAAUUAAACAAAAGCUGCAUUAUCGUGAAUAUGAACGAUGGAGAGCAUUAUUAAAAAAGCAAAACAAGUUAGUCAAGAAGAAAUAGAUGCUCUAUGUUCCAGUAUUGAUGAGUUUUUACCCAGCCCCAAUAAAUCCUUGGAGUGCUGUGAUUUGAUGUGUCAGCUCUUCAUUACAAUCCAAGCUUCUGAACCCAAUUAUGAACCAUGUAUAUCCACAAAUUUAGUCAGAAACAUGAUACAGUGCUUGAGGUUAGCAACCCAAAAAAGUCAAGGAGGAGGUAACAGAUGUAGGCUUUGCCAAAUGAUCCUUUCUGAAUUAUUUCCCAUGAAUACUGUGAUAACUGAUUUUGAUGAAAAUACUUGUCUCCCCUUUAAAUGUCUACAAUUGAUGCAGUGUCUUUCAACAAAAUCACUACAAGAAAUAUCUCUGACAGCCAAAGAGUGGUUGGACUCUGACAAGUUUGAUAAACAGAAAGCAGCCUUAUCUCUAGUUAUGAUCUUUGCCUUAAAACAUGGAGAGCUAAGGGAUAAUGAAGUGGAAGAUCUCUUGGAAAAACUGGCUCACAGGCUCUCCUCCUCCUCUUUGAUACAAGCUCCAAACCCUUAUGCAAUGAAUCCCUUCCGCAAAGAGAAUGAAAGUGUGGUGACAGAAGUGGAUGGAUCUUCUACAAUGAACCUGUUUACCAUAUUAAGUAUUGGUCAGUAUUACUCUGAAGAUCAAAUUUUGAAUGUGUUAAGUUUUUCUAUCUUGAACACUUUGCUGUGUAGAAUAACCCAGCUCAAAACUACAGAUGAUCAGUCAUUAUCUCCCUCGAUGAAGAAAUGUAUUAAUAUCAUGGUUGACUACUGUCUAAGAGUAUUUGAACAGUCUGAAUUAAAAGUGAAAGUACAAUGUGAUUCUGAUCUUCAGACUUCAUGUCUGAUAGAAUGUAUCCAUAUAUUGGAUGUUCUCUGUAAACUAGAUAAAGAUCAAACAGCCAGGGUUUUUCAAGAAGUCAAGAGAUUAAACAGUCGACUAGCUCAAGAAACUCCAUCUUCUCCUACUCUGAUUCACAUUCUGAAGUUUAUAUUUAAUCACAGUUCAUCUGUUGUCUAUGCUCCCCAAGAAACAUACAGGAACUAUUUCAUUACAACCAUAGCCAACCAGUACAGUGAUGAGGGUUUGAUGUAUGACACUCUGGAGUUUCUCUGCAACAACAUUGAACAUGUAGCACACAACACAGAAAUACUCACAGAUUACUUCCCUAAUUUAUUCAAGAUUCUAGCCUGGCACCCACGAAUAUUUAUAAAGGAUUUCAUGAUAUUGCUUCCUGCGAUGAUGAAUUCUGAAACAUCAAUGGAGUUACUGCAUUUGAUCCUGGACCUGCCUUGUAUGACUGCUGCCUUAGAAGUCAUGGAGAGAUCCAAGAAAGAAGAACCCUUGUCCACCACCAAUACAGAGCCAGCUAACUCUUUGGAAGCUUUCUACUGUGCACACUUGAGGCCUUUAUUCAACUACAUGACACGCUGUGAAAGUCAUCAAGGGGAUACAGUGGACAGACUUGCUCUGCUUCACUCAGUCUUGAAUGAUGUUAAAGGAAACACAAGAGUCCUGGUUUGUUGUCAGCUGGUUCCUGUGUUGCUAAAAAUCUGGUUUGAAACCAUGGAGUCUUAUGGAGAGGCCAGCUUGAUUUCACUUGUUCUUCCUGUGAUUCUUGAGAGGUCAGGUCUAUUGUACAGUGUCCCAGAACUGGUGCAAGAUGUCCAUAAAAUAUUUGCUGAUAAAUUACUCAAAUUGUGCAAAGCAUUCCCUGAGAUCAUCGUAACCCAGUAUCAUGAAGUAAUAGAUUUCCUGCAGACAACAGCCAAUAUGGCAGGCAGAGUUCAAAUCUUUGUCAACCUUAUUUAUGCUGUUGGAGAAUAUGGUAGCCUGGUCUACAGUUCUGAUUGUACAGCUGAUAGAAUUGGUCAAUUCUAUGAAUGCCUUGAAAUUGUGACCUAUGAACUUGUAGGCCAGUUGAGUUUAACAGAGUUUGAUCCAAGCAUUGCUAAAGUUCUUUCAGCUCUAAUGUCAGCCUUGACCAAGCUUGCCUGCAGAAGUCAUGAUCUGAUUCCCAGAGCCAUACUCUGCCUGACUAAAGUCACCAAACAACAAAACCUGAUCCUGCUGAACAGCUCCACUAAAGAAUAUCUAACCCAGAGGGCCACUUCACUCAUUAGUUUGAUGAAACUGCCAGACACUGCUUCCACUCUAGUGGCAUCAAAUCCACACAAAUGUCACCUGGACACUAUGAGUCAGUGGUCAGUACUCAGAGGACUACACAGACUGUUGAAGGAGUGAAAGUGUAGGACAUCAACCUGAAGAAGUUCCUUUCAAAUUUACUUUGGUCUUUCAUCUUUGUUUUAUAUGGCAACCAUUUGCUUUGGUUUUUUAGUGGCAUUUAUUACUACCAAUUUGUGACAAUUACCAAUUAGUGACUGUAUUACCAAUUAGAGACAUUGUAUUACCAAUUAGUGACUGUAUUACCAAUUAGUGACUGUAUUACCAAUUAGAGACAUUGUAUUACCAAUUAGUGAGUGUAUUACCAAUUAGUGACUGUAUUACCAAUUAGUGACAUUGUAUUAUCAAUUAGUGACAUCGUAUUACCAAUUAGUGACAUUGUAUUACAAAUUAGUGACAUUGUAUUACUAACUAGUGACAUUGUAUUAUAUCAAUACCAAUUAGUGACAUUGUAUUACCUAUCAGUGACAUUGGUCAAAACUUAGUUAUUUCUGUUGAAAAUGAAAAUGUGUUUAACUUCUAUACCUGUAACCUCUUUCUUAGAAUUGUAUUAGAUAACUUAAAGUUGUGUUUCUUAUAUCAAUUGUAGGCUAUUGAAUCUACAGAUGUUAUUUCAAAAGAGAAGAUAAUUUAAUUCAUGCGUAAUUCUAGUCAGGAAUGUUAAUUAGAGACUUACAUUUUGCUGUUAUGGGUUUUCUUGACUGAAUCAUGCAACUUGUUCCAUGCUCUAAUGGCACUAGGGAAGAAGAAGCAGCACUUGUAUGAAUUUAUCUUAGCAUUUAGAAUAAGGAAUGUGCUUUUAUCUUUGUGUCUUUGUAUUACAUUACUUUUUGCUUUUUCUAAUUUAAGACUUGACGCCUUGAUGUUUUUGAUUUGUCACUAACAGAAUCCUAUCAUAAAUAUUAUUUUUAAAACUAAAUAUAUAUGAUCAAAUCUGAUUAGAUUUAUUGACUAAGUGAAGAAAAUAGAGAUUUCCUUAAGGCUCAUUCCAUCCCUUUUUUUGUUUGCUCUAACUGUUUACGGUUGGGGUUGGUUACAAGAGCUGACUUUGAUAGAGUAAAAAUGGAUUUGCUUGAAGUUUGACUUGAUAGAGUGAAAAUAUCAACUGUGAAGUGAAAUGUUUCUGUGUUUUAAUUGUUUCCUAGUUUUGAGUGAACUGACAUAUAUGUUAGUAUAUUUUAAUUAUUUGAUUGUCACUGUUGCCACAUUAUGGUGAGAAAGUAUCAUAACAUUAUGUGCCUAGUAUCAACUCAAGAUACUUACGGCUUUACAUUCAUAUGUGUGGAUCUGGGUUGGAUAAAGUUGAGAAU